AUGGCACAAUCCAAUACUCUCACCUCGCAAGCUCUAAUUAAUCUUGAACAAGAAUAUGCAGCACACAACUACCACCCACUUCCAGUAGUCUUCGCAAAAGCCCAAGGAGUACAUGUAUGGGACCCAGAGGGCAACAAAUACAUGGACUUUUUAUCCGCAUAUUCGGCGGUGAAUCAAGGCCACUGUCACCCGAAAAUUGUGAAAGCGUUGUGUGAUCAGGCGAAAACGCUGACAUUGAAUUCCCGCGCGUUUUAUAAUGACAUUUUUGGAAGGUAUGCAAAAUAUGUAACCGAGAGCGAUGCUCGUGUAUCAUCACCAAAAUCUACAGAUUGA